AAAGGUGGCAUAGGCGAUGUGGCCGACCCUGCGUUACUUAGGCACUGCCUGCGGUCUGGCUCGAUGUCGCUUUGCUGGAGGUUUCCUCCCGGCAAGCGAGCGGACGACUGGGGGGCCGGGGCUGCUGUGCUGGGGUGACCGCAGCUUCAGCACUAGUUCAUUUGAUAUAGUCAUUGUCGGUGGCGGAAUUGUGGGGCUUGCCUCUGCCAGAACACUCAUCCUGAAACACCCCGGACUUUCGAUUGGUGUUGUGGAAAAGGAGAAAGAUUUAGCCCUUCACCAGACUGGACGGAACAGUGGGGUCAUACAUAGUGGAAUUUACUACAAACCUGAAUCCCUGAAAGCUAAACUGUGUGUAGAAGGUGCAGCCCUCAUCUAUGAGUACUGUAAGCUCAAGGGAAUUCCCUACAGGCAAUGUGGCAAGCUAAUAGUAGCUGUUGAGCAAGAAGAAAUCCCCAGACUUCGGGCCCUGUAUGAGAGAGGUCUGCAGAAUGGAGUCCAAGGCUUGAGACUGAUCCAACAGGAGGACAUAAAAAAGAAGGAACCAUAUUGCAGGGGUCUAAUGGCCAUUGAUUGUCCAUAUACUGGCAUUGUGAACUAUCAGCAGGUAGCUUUGUCAUUUGCCCAGGAUUUCCAAGCUGCUGGUGGCUCUAUCUUGAAAGAUUUUGAAGUAAAGGAUAUUGAAAUCGCUAAUGAAAGCCCUUCCAGAAGUAAGGAUGGGAUGAACUAUCCAAUCGCUGUCAAGAAUACUAAGGGAGAGGAGGUUCACUGUCGAUAUGUGGUGACAUGUGCAGGACUUCACUCAGACCGUAUUUCCGAGUUGAGUGGCUGCAGUCCCGAUCCUCAGAUUGUCCCAUUCCGGGGCGACUACCUGCUCUUAAAGCCAGAAAAGGGCUACCUUGUCAACGGGAAUAUUUAUCCGGUCCCGGAUAGCCGCUUCCCUUUCCUUGGAGUUCACUUUACACCAAAGUUGGAUGGCACUGUGUGGCUCGGGCCGAAUGCAGUGCUUGCCUUUAAGCGGGAAGGUUACAGACCCUUUGACUUCAGUGCCAGAGAUGUUAUGGAAAUAAUUCUCAAGAGUGGUUUCCUUAAAAUGUUGCUUCAGAAUUUCUCGUUUGGAGCAAAUGAAAUGUAUAAAGCCUGUUUUCUCAGUGAGACAGUGAAGCACCUUCAGAAGUUCAUCCCUGAGAUCACCACCAGCGAUGUGCUUCGAGGCCCGGCUGGAGUUCGGGCCCAGGCCUUGGACAGAAAUGGAAAUCUGGUAGAUGACUUCGUGUUUGAUGGAGGAGCCGGGGAGAUUGGAGAUCGUGUUCUUCACGUGAGAAACGCGCCUUCUCCCGCCGCCACCUCUUCCCUGGCUAUCUCGAGGAUGAUUGCAGAGGAAGCGCAGCAAAGAUUUAAGUUAUGAACGGCGGAAGGAGCUGUGUUUGCAUCCUGAUCCCUACACGAGCAGCAAGGAGCUGCAGUUGUGUUUUUGAAUUAAAUUAAGAAGAUUAUUUUAAAACUACACUUUUUAGGCUAAAAUAGCCAUCGACUUAUUAACAGGAUAUAGGAAAUCUAAUUUUUAAAAAUUCAGGUCCAUAUUCUUAAGAACAAAGAAGCAAAGAGCGUCUGUACCUGUUCUGAAGCCUCAAGUUUGUUAGGGAUUUACCCAACCCUACGUGAUUUAGGAAGGACUUGGGAAGGGGGCACAAAACCUGGACUAUUCCAUAAUCAGUGUUUGGCUUUAUAAUUAAUUUUUUUCCUGGAAAAAAUAUGUCGAAGUGUAUUGUAGGGUGUGACAUUCUUUUAAUCUGAAGAGUCUGGAAAGCUUAUAUUAUUUAGUGAGUUUUUUAAAUCUGGAAACUGAAAAUGCUUGAUUUUAAAAUUAUUUUAAAAAAGAAUACAUGAAGCCGGGCGGUGGUGGCGCACGCCUUUAAUCCCAGCACUCGGGAGGCAGAGGCAGGCGGAUCUCUGUGAGUUCGAGACCAGCCUGGUCUACAAGAGCUAGUUCCAGGACAGGCUCCAAAACCACAGAGAAACCCUGUCUCGAAAAACCAAAAAAAAAAAAAAAAAGAAUACAUGAAAUUUUAUGUUUCUAAGUAGCAUAAACAAACCCACCCCUCAGUCUCUCUGUAAGUCUCUAAUGUCUGGUGUGGCAUCACUUGGUCUGCAGAGCAGUGUGCCUGUGUGCUUGUGGCCUAUGCUACAGUUCCCUGUGGCCGAGAAGCGCAAGUCCCUGAAAGGACCGUGUUUUAUAAGAGCAUUUUAACUCCUGACACUGAGUGUAGCACUGUGUAAUUUUAACCAGUUAUUUAUUCCACACUUCUGUCCUUUGGUCACACUGAGGGUCCCAGGAUGUUGGCCAGGAUUACUGAUGGUUCAUACCUACGUGGGUUUUCAGAAUUCCUAUAAACUUUGCGAGGACAUUUCUCCAUUUUUGGUUAAUAUCUAACUUGGAGGCAUUCACUUUUGUAAGCCGCAAAAGUGCCUUAUAUUCUUCAUAUGUACUUCAUGAACAUGUAAGUUGGUGCCAAGCGCUGUACUGAAUACUCCUGUGUGUGUGUGUGUGUGUGUAGUGCCAUACUGUACUGUAUUGUGCGUGUGCAUGUGUGUCUUACAGUUCAGAACAUUGGAAAAUAGAAAUGUAAGUGAAAAACUGGCAACUUGGCCGUGGAAUCGGAGCCGGCCCUUAGGUGAGAGGCUUCAUUCCAUCUCUCACAUGUAUUCUCUCAGGGUUCAUCUUUAAUCUUCCUCGCCAACGCUGUGACGGGGGCCUGAGAAGGCUGCGUGUAUUGAUAGGAAAGCCUUUCCUUUUUUAUUUCCUCCCCACUCUGGCCCUUGAUGGUUACAUUCAUUAAGCUAUCUCAUCCAUUAAUCUGAAAGGAUACUUACUAUGAUCUUCAGUUCAAGAGGCAGCACAUCCCAGGUAGGUAGAUGAGGCAGUUAUGCAAGACAUGGGAUGGGCAUAUUGAAACAUUUAGAAAUCAUUUAUGGAGGCAACAAACCCUAAUGGUUCUCCAUAACAAUAGGUUUCCUACAAGAAAUGCCCCGCAUGGAGUGCUUCUCUGUUCUAAGACUUCCAAGGGUAUAACAUUACGUGAAGAUGAUUUUCCUUUUAGAUGUGGUGAGAGAAGUGUGCCGUGGUUCUCUUCUCCAUCAGCUGUGAGAGCUUGUGCACACAUGCUAAGCUGUGCACAACUAAAGUUACAAAAAUAACUGUCAUGAUUGAAGCAUCCUUAUUCCAUCUGGGUAUGCAUUUAUGCUCCAAAAUAACAGAGACAAUUUUGGUGAAAUAUGUCAGUUAUUCUGUUUGUAAAAUAUUUGAUAUUUAUGUCAAUAGGAUUUUUUUGUUAAAUACUGAUGUAUAAGAAUUUUGUGUCUUUCUAAGAAAAGAAUGUAUAUUAGAUGUAUAUUAGUAUUAAAAUAUUUUAAUGAUCUUUG